CUCUGCUCUCCGGAGCUCCCAGACAGCAGCCAGAUCGGAGCUGGAUCCCGGGCCGCCAGGCCAGGGCCCCGCAGCUGGCAGCCCGGCCCGGAGAGCAGGACACUGCCUCCCGGCCCGGGAGCCCUCCUUCCGGCCGCAGCCACCUGGGCUCAUCGCAGGGACGCGGUCGCGGGUGGCCAGAGCUUGGCGAGCGCCGUGGGGCCACGGCCGUCCCGGCCACGACGGCGCCGCAGGAGCCUUGGUGCUGCGUCCCGGGCCGAUGUCCCAGGUGAGUGGCCAGCGCCCCCCUCACUGCAACGCGCCCCAUGGAGCCCCCAGCGCAGCCCCGGGCCCAGCCCAGACCCCAUCCCUCCUGCCUGGGCUGGAGGUAGUAACCGGAUCCACUCACCCUGUGGAGGCAGCGCUAGAGGAGGGCUCCCUGGAGGAGGCGGCAGCCCCCAUGCCCCAAGGCAACGGCCCUGGGGCCCCUCAGUCCCUGGACAGCACUGACCUCGAUGUUCCCACAGAAGCUGUGACACGCCAGCCUCAGGGGAACCCCUUGAGCUGUACCCCACUAGUGGCGAAUGGCUCAGGCCACCCCUCAGAGCUGGGCAGCGCCAGGCGGGCGGGGAACGGUGCCCUGGGUGGCCCCAAGGCCCACCGGAAGUUGCAGACGCACCCAUCUCUCGCCAGCCAGGGCAGCAAGAAGAGCAAGGGCAGCACGAAAUCUACGGCCUCCCAGAUCCCCCUCCAGGCGCAGGAAGACUGCUGCGUCCACUGCAUCCUGUCCUGCCUGUUCUGCGAGUUCCUGACGCUGUGCAACAUCGUCCUGGACUGCGCCACGUGCGGCUCCUGCAGCUCCGACGACUCGUGCCUCUGCUGCUGCUGCUGCGGCUCGGGCGAGUGCGCCGACUGCGACCUGCCCUGCGACCUGGACUGCGGCAUCGUGGACGCCUGCUGCGAGUCCGCCGACUGCCUGGAGAUCUGCAUGGAGUGCUGCGGGCUCUGCUUCUCCUCCUGACCGCCGCCGCCCCCGCAGCGCCCCUCGCGCCCCUCGCGCCGCGGCCCGGGGGAGGGGGGACGCGCGGGGCCAGC